AUGGCAACAAACCACAAGGCUCCAAUUGAGCCUUCAAGCCCAAGGUCUAGCCUAGAUGUUGGCGAUGCCACUGUAGAGGAGGCCAUGGAAGAGACGAAGGCCUUCCUGGCCACUGCUGGUGACAACGAAGAAGAUGGCGACUCUGAGCAUGACCAGGGGUCAAAGCUGUUUCGGUGCCUGCUUCAGGUAGUCGCCUCGCUUCUAUGUCUGGGCGUCUUGUUUGCGGGCUACGACCUGUAUCGCGCCUCUACCGCUCCUUCGAUCCCAUCGCCCGAGCAGACGCCCCAGCUUCGACCCUGCGGGAAUGAUGCCAUCACUGCCCGCAACCGCGGGUGCAUGUUCGACCCCAUCUCCAUCGCCUGGCUGCCCGAAUCCUGCCACGACUUUGAGCUGACCAAGGAGUUCCUUGCCGUGGAGCGCUGGCACUUCUGGACGCGUCCAGACACAAGCGAUGCCAUGUCCCUAGCAAACGUCAUGCAGGGACAGCACUCGACUCUGUUUGUCAGCGAGACCUAUCUGCGUCACCGCUGUGUGUUUGCGUGGAGGAAGCUUCAUCGCGCGGUGCUCAACUCGACGGCGGUGGACGCCUACACGACGGGCUGGGAUGGCAUGAUGGAGUGUGAGGAGCUGUUCAAGGAUGGGAGGAGUGAUGGCGGUGCACGAUACGAGGUCACGGUUGGCUACCCGGCAUGUAUGGCAGAACUGUGA